UCCAUUACAUUCCAUUCUUAUUUAUUCUACUCACUUCAUUCUACUCCACUUUAUUCCAUUUCUUUUUACCAUAUCUCUUUUAUUUCAUAAUUUCAAUGGAAAACAGACAAUUUUACAUUCAAUACCUCCACAACCAGCCAGUUGGUUUGAGAACUCAUAUUCUCAACACCAAUACUUUUGUCUGGGUUCAAACCCUGUUUACUGUUGCUGACUUGGUUGUAGCCAUCGUUGUUGAACCAACUAGAAGGCUUUCUGGUAUCCCAGAAGACUAUGGUCCCCUCACCAUCCAUUAUGUGGUGGAUGGUCCAGUCAUUGCUGGGAAUACUCUGUUGACCUCCAUCCAGGAACCGGUUGGUUCCUACGACCAACCGCUUGUCAUCAAGGCCAAGAGUAAUUUUGUACGGAGUAAAAGUGACCAAGAAUUCGUCGACGCCAAUAAUUUGGCAUUGCAAACCCCAAAUGACGCUUUCAAGUAUUUGAUAUAUCAUCUGGAAAAGAUUGUCAAUGUCUCAAGGUUUCCAAAUAACGCCGUAUUUCACGACAAUUGCUUGGAGCAUCGUCUUAAUAGGAGGAGCACUAGCUAUGCGAUUGACGAUGUUGAUAAUGUCAAACUGUUUCUUGCUGUUUCUGGUGCAGGAAAAACAAGGAUGCUUCUAGAGUUGCUUUAUUCAAACUUUGGGUACUACUUCACUUCCAAGAGCUCUCAAAAAGACUUUGGUUCUAAAGACAUGUAUCAAUGCCGGAUGUAUUGCGACAGUAAACCUAAACUCGCUGAACUCACUCAACAUGCUAUCCAACUGUUGUGUUUCGUUCGGGUUUCUGUUUGCAACUACUUGAUAAGCAAGGGAUUCAAGGAACCUUGGCAAAUUCUUCUGGCUCAACUCCAUCCUAUCGCAUUCUUUGGGCUUGACUUGUUUGAGCGUCUUUUUACAAUCCUUGUAAAAGAUCCUGGAAUUUCCCCAACUGCUAUUAUAAACCCAUUUCCUUUUACUGCCAUUGAUGAAAUCCAGGAUCUUGCAGAAGGUCUUUGUUUACAUUGCCUGCCAGGGAGUAAAACCCCACGUCCUUUCUUCUCUCCAUUUGUAUACCAUUCCAAAAUGAUGGGAAUAUUUCCUCAUUUCCUACUGUCUGGUACCGGUAUUGACUUUGAAUCUAUCAAAGAGCUAAUGGAAUCCAGUGUUAUGAAGAGUGGUCAAGUCACAGAUUAUGUAGUUAUAUCAGAUUUCCAUCCUUUGACAAAGCUCGAGGUCGAACAGUAUGCUAGACAAUUUUUACAAGACCAUCAAGUCAAUCAACUGGAUGCUAUUGUAUCAAGAAUUUCAGACUUUGAAUUAUGUCAUGGAAGACCACGUUUCGUAUCGUAUAUUCUGGAUGCAUAUAUGAAAUCAAAUGAUAUUGACACUGCAAUUAGCAAAUUUAUCACUGGAAUAUCUAAUAUUAAUGGCCAGAUUUUCCCGCUUAGAUUCUUGAAAAAUGACCUUGAUGGAGGCAUUCGUUCAUUUGACAGAGUCAUUGAUGGUGAUACCCUGUCGAGAAUCAUUCGCGACGCAUUUCUUGAUGCCAUUUGGGAGGGAAAAAUGCAACUUAAAGUGGCAGACAAUGACGGUGCUAAUGCAAUACGUUACGGUUUGGGAUUUGGUCAGACUGUCGAUGGAACUAUAUCUUCCAUUGAAAUUCAAGAGUUGGCUGUAAUCGAGUGUCUUCGCUACUUUUUCCCCUUUGCGCCCAUUGUCAAAAGUUUAUACCAAAGAAUUGGCUCCUCUUUUAACCCUCAAAUGGUUGGCUAUUUGAUGGAAUACUUGGUUGCGUUUGCUUUAGUAGCCAACCAUUCUGGUUCUGAUGCUGCCAAUAGUAUCAAGGCAUCCCGAGAUUCUGCAUCCGACUAUUUACAAUGUGAUGAUUCAAGUCAAGUAUGCUUUCCCGAUCAUAUGUGUGGACCAGAUAUCAUCUACAAGUGUGCCAAUACAAAGACUGUAUACAUUGUUCAAAUCAAAUUUGUCAAGAAAAUGUCAAAACAAGAAGCUGCAAACGCUUACAAUACUACAGAUCCUGAACGCUUUUAUUGCAAACGUAAUGGCGAUGGAGUGUCGAAAAAACUUGAAGUGUUGAAAGGGUUUGAAGAAAAACGAACUUACCUUCUUAGCACUUUGUCGAAACUACACGAAUCAGGCUACUCAUUGCAACAGACUCUGGUUAUUCAUACUGCUGAAAAGAACCCUGUUGAUGUUCAAGGUAUGAGAAUCAUCAAUAGUCAAAACUCUCCCGAGUUUUUUGACAAAAUUGGCAACGGUGUUUGGGAUUUUUUGAAUUUAAUUAGAAAUAACCUUCAAUAA